GAGGCUCCGGUCAGCGCGCGCGUCAGCUGCGAGAGAGAGAGAGAGAGAGAGAGAGAGAGAGAGAGAGAGAGAGAGAGAGACUCCUUGGCACACACCCGUCAGUGUGGCAGUGUGAUUUUGACUGACUGGCUGACUGACGGGGGAUUUGGAGGAGGCUCGCAGGGAGAGAAAGGGACGACACACAUUCUCCUGAUUGUCUUUUUUCUUCCUCCUCGCUGUCUGUCACCGCUGUCACGGCCGAUGGUUUUCUAGAACCUGCGCCGCCUGCAUCCACCUCGGCAAUCGGGAUUUUACUUUUUAUUUUCUCCCCCCGCCUCCUUGAUUGGCCGAACCGGGGCUGAUCCCAGCCAACCUGGGCCGGGCCGCGGGGGCUGUUCAGCGAGCCUUAUAGCUGAAGUUGGCACCCGAGAUGAGCGCCUGGAGACCCGGGAGCGGGGCUCUCUCCCCGCCGGGGAGAGGGUCUUGGUCGUGGCGGUGCUGCUGGUGGUGGUGGGUUAUGGUGGUCGGGGUGGCAGUGGGCUCGGGAGAUCCGUGGCUGUCUGCGGAGGCAUGCCCGUUCUCUUGCAUUUGCAGCAGCACCCGGAUCUCCUGCGUGUAUCCGGAGCGGGGUAUCAACACAUUCCCCGUCCUGCAGAGCGAGCCGGAGAUGGACAACAUCACCGACAUCUACAUCGCCAACCAGAGCAGCUUCUCCUCCAUCAACGACAAAGACCUGCACUACUACAAGAAUCUCAGGAACCUAACGGUGACCAACAGCAGGCUCACGUACGUGUCGAAGCUCGCCUUUCAAAGCAACCUCAAGCUACAAUACCUGAAUCUGAAAGAUAACAACCUGUCAUCACUGUCCUGGAGGAUAUUCAGACACCUCAACAUCUCUUAUCUGAUCCUGUCAGGGAACCCUCUGCACUGCUCCUGUGAGAACAUGUGGAUCAAGCUGUGGUUAGGAGAGGAAGCAGACACUCAGGAGCUGCGCUGCAUUGAGGAUGGAGGUGCACGCAAGCUGCUGUCCAGACUGACACUGCCCAACUGUGACGUUCCCAUGGCAACGUUGAACCCAUCCAGAGUGACGUUAAUGGAGGGGGAGAAAGUGGACUUGUCUUGUACGACCUCUGGGGUGCCGUCACCUGAGCUGAUAUGGAACAUGGCGUUGGUGUCCAGCUACGAGAUCGAGACAUCAGGACAGAUUUCGGUGCUGCGGCUGUCCAACGUGUCGUCGCUGGACCACAACAGCAAGAUCAGCUGCACAGCCGAGAACAUUGUCGGAGAGAAAGAGUCCUCGUUGCUUCUGGACAUACUCUUUCCUCCCAAAAUCACUAAACUGAGCGACGCAAUUGCAGACCAUCACUGGUGCAUCCCCUUCAGUAUGUCAGGAAACCCAGAGCCACAACUACAGUGGUAUCUGGAUGGCAAAGCAGUGAUGGAGGGGGAGUACAUCAUGACCAUGAUCCAUGACAUCACGGAGAGAGAGUACCACGGCUGCCUGCAGCUGGACACCCCGACACACCUCAACAACGGGCGCUACACACUCGUGGCUACAAACAAAUUUGGGACGGACCAAAAGGAGGUCCAGGCGCAUUUCAUGCACAACCCUUCGGAUGGAAAUGAGAAGGAGCCUUACUAUUAUGAUGUGACCACAGAGGGCCCACCUGUAGACCCACCUGAAGACAGAGUCGCUGUGUACGUGGUGGUGGGCAUCGCUGCUGUCGCUUUCACUGGCUUCCUUCUAAUGUUGGUUAUUCUCAAGUUUGGAGGAAACUCUAAAUUUGGCAUCAAAGGACCAUCUUCCGUUAUCAGCAACGACGAUGACUCGGCCUCUCCUCUCCACCACGUCUCCAACGGUAGCAACACUCCUUCCUCCUCAGAAAUGGGCCCUGAUGCGGUGAUUAUCGGCAUGACCAAGAUCCCUGUGAUAGAAAACCCUCAGUACUUCAGGAGCACGAACAGCCUCCUGAAAACCGACACGUUCGUCCAGCACAUUAAGAGACACAACAUUGUGCUGAAGAGAGAGCUGGGAGAGGGAGCCUUCGGAAAAGUCUUCCUUGCUGAGUGUUACAACCUCUCACCUGACCAGGAGAAGAUACUGGUGGCUGUCAAGACACUGAAAGAGGCCAGUGAAAAUGCCAGGAAGGAUUUCCACCGCGAGGCCGAGCUGCUGACCAACCUUCAACAUGAACACAUAGUGACUUUCUAUGGAGUCUGCGUGGAGAGCGACCCUCUCAUCAUGGUGUUUGAGUACAUGAAGCACGGAGACCUCAACAAGUUCCUCAGGGCUCACGGUCCAGAUGCAGUUCUGAUGGCGGAGGGCCAGACCACCAGACCUGUGGAGCUGACCCAGUCUCAGAUGCUGCACAUCGCCCAGCAGAUAGCAUCUGGCAUGGUCUACCUGGCAUCACAGCACUUUGUGCACCGCGACCUGGCCACCAGGAACUGCCUGGUGGGCGAGAACCUGCUGGUAAAGAUCGGAGACUUUGGCAUGUCCAGAGACGUCUACAGCACUGACUACUACAGGGUCGGAGGUCACACCAUGCUGCCAAUCCGUUGGAUGCCCCCUGAAAGCAUCAUGUACAGAAAGUUCACCACAGAGAGCGACGUUUGGAGUCUAGGGGUCGUGCUCUGGGAGAUCUUCACCUACGGGAAGCAGCCUUGGUACCAGCUCUCCAACAACGAGGUGAUAGAGUGUAUAACCCAGGGCAGGGUGCUGCAGCGCCCGAGGACCUGCCCUAAAGAAGUGUACGAUCUGAUGCUGGGCUGCUGGCAGCGAGAGCCGCACAUGAGACUCAACAUCAAGGAAAUCCACGGCCUGCUCCUCAACCUGGCCAAGGCCUCACCUGUAUACCUGGAUAUACUGGGCUGAAAGCAGGAGGAGCAGAAUGGAGGAGAGUUUCUGGAUACGUGUCUUACUGUAUCCAAGUGUGUCUGAGGUUGCAUGCAUGUGUGUGUGUGUGUGUGUGUGUGUGUGUGUGUGUGUGUGUGUGUCAGGGUGGACACGGUGACACCUGCGAAUGACGUGUGCGAUGCUCGUGCGAGUGUGUGCGUGCGCGCAGGGCGCCGCUGUACAGGAUGUGAAGCUAUUAUCAAAACUCUUAAAGGCAAUCAAAAAAAAAAUCCUCGACCCGUCCCCAAUCGCCUCGCUCCUUCCUUCCUGCCAAUUUCCUCUCCUUUGUGCAUCUCUGCUACCUUCUCCUCCUUCCUCCUUCCCGAAGAGACAUUUACUGAGAGUGAUUUAACUUUAGAGAGAGUGCGGAGGGGCGGGGGGAGAAAAAGCUUCUCACUUCUUUUCCAAUGCUUUAAAAACUGACUGGGGCUGAAUUGAUGAAACCUGAUUAACAGGACUUUAAAUUUAGAGACUCAUCCCUCGCUGCCUGUCGGACAACAGGACUCGUUUUCAACAUCCGGCGGAGGGGGAGGGAUCACCCGAAGCUUCGAUUCUUUUUGCCUGUAAAUAUGAGACUGUACGACGGUGAGACGUUUUCAGAGGAAGUGGCUCCGUGGAGCCAUGAAGACACUGUGUUUCCCCCCUCUCGCCCUGUCCGUCUCUCCGUCUCUCUGUCUGUCUGUCUUGCUUGUCUGUCUCUCCGAACUUGUACAUGAGUAUUAAUGUCUGCAUUCAUUCAACAUUGGCCCGUGGGGGAAAACAAAAAAAAACACCCAACACAGGUGGCGAUUAAACACACAAACGGUGCAUUUGACUGUAACAAGAACAACAACAAGGAAAAUGAUGGGGGAGGUAAAAAAAAAAAAAAAAAAGUACACGAUCUGGUUUGUUUUCUGCCUGUCAGAUGGUGGAAAAAGACAAAAAAAAAGAAAUCACUAACAAUUCAGUGCCUGCUCGAGAUGAACUGGACUGCUGUGGUGAACAAAAUAGUCCAGGAGGACGGCUGAGGUAUUCUAACUACACUGUACAUCGGGAAUGCCAAAUACUAGAAAUGUAAAAAAAAAAAAAAAAAAAAAAAAAAGAUGAUCCAUCUGGCAGUGAUCUACGUUAUCUCCUCAUGCAACAGACAUGAUUAUAAGGGAUAUAUGCACUCGUGUCUGCAUUUCACCACUGCUUCUCUGUUCUGUAUAUUUACUUUACUCAGGCCCUGGACUGCUCCGUCCUGCACACACACACACACACACACACACACACACACACACACACACACACACACACACACACACACACACACACACAUGGUAACAUGAUGACUGCUUUACCCUCCUCAGAAAAGUGACAGAUGCUUCACUUGUGAUGUCAAGCACUCGUGUCGGAGGGUCAAUUGAUUCACUUGUCCGCAGCUGUCCGGCGAUCGUGAAGGCUGGGGGGGGGGGAAGGUUUCGCCGAGGACGGAGGCUGGGUUGGUUUUUUUUUUCUUUUUUUUUUUUUUUUUUUUUAGUGGUCGGGAUCGGGGGAGUGUGGGCGGUGGCGCUGUGGAAGGUGUGGUUCGUUUGGUCAACCCCAUAUUAAAUCAUCAAGGCUCUCAGCACUCAGACAUCCUUGAAAACCACAUCUGCGCUGAGGGGGGGGGGGGUGUGCACGCAACACACACACACACACACCCACACACACACACACACAUGCUGUAUACCUUAUCCCGUCAUCCCACACACACACACACACACACACACACACACACACUGGAAGACACUCAAAACGAGCCGAGAAGGAAAUUGAAUUGUGCAUGUUUUAUUAUUUGAGCGGUGCAGUGCUUUAGCCAGGCCCCCGUCCACUGUAAUGGUGUAAUGUAUAUUUCAUUACAGCCUAAUGGGCUCCAUUAGCACAGUCUCCUCACAGACAUUCAAGACUUAUUGUUUUAUGGCUGAGAAGGAAGGAAGGAUGGAGGGAUGGGGAGGAGAGGUGAAGGAGAAGAAAAACCGUAGAGAGAGACGUUGGCCUGGAAGUGAAGAGGAGAGGUAAUAACGCAUAUUUCUGAAGAAACGAGGAGGAAGGGAGAGAGUUCAGAACAGAACGGGGGAAGCAAUGGGGUAGAAAGGAGAAGGUACGAACGGGUCACGGAGGGGAAAGACUGAAGGAGGGAGGUGGCGAGGAGGAAAGAGAGGAGGUGUGAAUGUCCUCAGGGAGACAGGGUGAAAGUGAGCAUCCAUCAUUAGUGCGGCCCGCAAAUGUUCUCCACAACUUCACGCUCCCGUCACAUUCCUACAGCUGGCCUCAACCACACACACACACACACACACACACACACACACACACACACACACACACACACACACACACACACACACACACACACUCAUUUUUACUGGCAGUCCACCAAACAGCUUACACUGAAAAUAAACUCAAUAAUGCACCACACAUCCCCCAUUAUUGAGAAACCACUUCACUCACUUACAAGACAGCUCACAUCUCUGGUCAGGAGUCUCACGGACACUCUGUAUACACACACACACACACACACACACACACACACACACACACACACACACACACACACACACGACAGCUCACA